AUGGGGACUCAAGCGCAAAUCGCCUUCAAUUCCUCGGUCGCCCUGAGAGCCGUGUCGUACGUCUUUCUUCGAUGGUUUCCAGGACCAGCGGCUGUUCCUCUGAGCAUUUACACAUUGUUUGUUGUGUAUGUGCCUUCAUUCAUUUCGGGCUAUUUUUCAGAGCCCAAGUAUGACGUCGUGGAAGACGAUGUCGAUGUCUCGGUGAAGGAGGCUUUGGUGCAAGACGAGAACGAAGACGGCAAAGAUGAACAAGCGGUCGCUGAAGAGAUCCGAAUUGAGGAGACCAUCGUCGUGAAGGAAAGGUCACGACCUUGGGUUACUCUUCUGGCCGGCUCACCCAGCCCGAGCAGCCCUAUCUUGUCAAUCUUGACGUUCCUCAUCAACGCCGUGUUGAUUGCCAUGACCACCGACUUCUUGUUUCGCGUUCGGCAGUACCACCCGGUCGAGGACCUCUCAUUCGUGCGCCUGGGCUAUGUUUCCCCCUCGGAAGCCAAGUUCGUCUUGCGCGAGCCCGAUCAAGCCAAGAUGCCGGUUACCAUUGAGAUUCACAUCAAGGACCCCCAGCCUCCUUUCGACAACCCCCUGUGGCAGAUUGGCGGCGGCUUGAGGUACACCGACAACACCACUGACUUCACAGCUACUCUGACCGUCCCCUUGAAGCAUUCGCAACAGAGAACCUACGAGUGGAGGACUUCAAACAACCACAGCGGAGAGUUCGUCGCUCCUCCCAAGCCGGGUCAGAUGUCAGCUUUUGCCGACAACAAGUUCACUUUCCUCUCGACUUCGUGCAUCCUUCCUCGUUUCCCAUACAACCCUCUCGAGCAUCCUUUGGCCAUCCCAGGAAUGCGCCACCUCGCCAACAUCUUGCCAAAGCUGCAGGCCCAGUUCAUGCUGUUCCUCGGUGACUUCAUCUACAUCGACGUUCCCAAGCGCCAGGGAAAGCAUGAGGAAGACUAUCGCCAGAAGUACCGCCACGUGUAUGCAUCCCCCGAUUGGGCUCCAGUUGGGCAGAACCUCAGCUGGAUUCACGUCCUCGAUGACCACGAAAUUGGAAACGAUUGGGACCUGAACACCACUGGUGUCUACCGGGCCGCCAUUGAGCCUUGGCACCACUACCAGGAGCUCGCCAAUCCCCCUCCUGCUCGCGUUGCGGGCACUACGAACCUGCGCAGAGAGGGUGCAACUUAUUUUGACUUCGUGCAAGGCCCGGCUUCUUUCUUCUUGCUCGAUACGCGCUCUUACCGAUCCACCAACUCCUUGCCUUUCGAUCAUCCGGAAAAGACCAUGUUGGGCGCCCAGCAGCUGGAGGACUUCAUUGACUGGCUAAACCGUCCUGAGCCUAAGGGCGUCAAGUGGAAGAUUGUCGCCUCUUCGAUUCCUCUCACCAAGAAUUGGCCGGUCAACACUCGGGAUACCUGGGGUGGUUUCCUUGUCGAGAGACGCAAGGUACUGGAGGCAAUGUGGGAUGCUGGAGCACGGGGCGUCGGUGUCGUGGUUGUGUCCGGUGACCGGCACGAAUUCGCAGCAACCAAGUUCCCUCCACCAGCCGGCGGAAGGUGGCCUGAGACGGCUACCGCCUACGAGUUCUCCUGCAGUCCUCUCAAUCAAUUCGCUUCGCCAUUGCCGACUUACAGACAGUACGAUGAUGAGGACGUAGCGCUGAAGUACGUUCACUCUGGCAACUCCAAGUUCGGCUCUCUUACUAUCGAGAACUUGGCCGAGGGUGCGCAAAGCAGUUUGAAGUACAGCUUGUUCGUCGAUGGCGAGGAGACUUGGAACACGAUGAUCUUGGCACCUCCUGUUGUCGAUGGCGACACGUCGUCUUCCUUUUGGAACGAAGCCAGUCUGCUCGACGUUGAACAGCAGAGGCGGGCCGAUAACACAGAACAAGCAGAUGCGGACGAGCCACAUCAAUUCGUCGAUGACACGAACGGCAUCGUAGAAUUCUUCGAGGGUGAUUACGUGACACCAUCGUCACCAAUCUCUGACGUCGACGACCCUGUUAUUAACCAUGAAGCCGAAUCGCAAACUGAUACCGAGUUACACACAGUACCUUUUGUAGAAUCUUCAACUCCAGAUGAUCAGAACUUGGUUCAGGGCUCAUGGAAAGCAGCAGAAGAGGCCCCUGGCCUAAACGCGCACGCGCAACAACAGAUUCUGCCCCUCAUCACGGCAGACACUGGCGCACACCAAGCCCCAGCGUUGCAUGCCGAAACGGUCGUAUCGUACACGGCACCCUUUUCUCUAGGCCAAGCAAUAUUCUCAGAUGCAGCACCACUGCCAGAUCUCGACCUACCCGUAUCCAAGACCGAGCAAGCUCUCCUCAUGACGGCUUACCUUCGUGAAACCGGCACGUGGUGUGAAACUACCGAUUCUGAAAAGCACUUUACUGUCAAAAGCAUUCACUCCAUGAUGGAGUCUAGGGCGUUCGUAGCUGCCGCUCUGGCCCUUUCUUCACGCCAGGUCGACACACUGAGAGGCAGGCAAAGACAGACUGCCUUGGAGUUGUAUCAGUACACCAUCCGACUUUUGAUUUAUCAAGAUCCGUCGGAAGCCGACACCUCCAUCUUGGCGACAUGUACGCUCCUGUGUGUAUACGAGAUGAUGGCUUCCAGUGUCUCGGAAUGGAGGCGCCACCUGAACCUCGUCCAGGGAUGCGCCGGGUUACUGAAAAGCCGUAACUGGAAAGGAUGCAGUAAAGGAAUCAUCAAGUCAUGUUUUUGGGCUUUUGCCAGGAUCGACAUCUGGGCAGCCUUCAUCAUUGGGCAGACGACUCUGCUUUCUACAACAUGUUGGGUCGAGAACGAUUCUAUUCCGGCGGUAUCCGCAGCUGCCGCUGCAAGCGGCGACAUUGACGAUUAUUGCAACCUAGCCAUAUUGAUAUUCGCCAAGAUCAUCAACCUGAUUGCUCACAACCCACCCUCGCCCAGGAUUUCAGCGGCUCAUAGAGUGACCAUGACUGAAGAUCUGUGGAAAGAUUUGAGUAUUUGGUGGAAAUUUCGACCGAGAGAUGUAUGCCCGCUUUUGAGGGAAGAGCCUCGAGGGAGUGGGAACCCAUUUCCCACUGUAGUAUUCACUACGUCGGCCGCAAGCUCGAUUCUCUUACUCGAGACUGGUAUUGUCAGUUCAAGUUCGACAGAAAAGGAGUUGUCUGAUCCGAUAUGGCAUGCUAGGGAAUUGGGCGGGUUAUCAAUCUCAAAUGACUCCCACGCCAACUGGGUGAACCACUUGCAGCCCCUUUUCAUCGCGGGCCGGGCACUUGCCAACACCUCCCGCUGGGGAGGACAUCUGCUAGAAACACAGCCAGCUGACACUUACGACGACUGUUUUGAAAAUGGCGAGGAGUACGCUCUGGAGAAACUGGCAUUGCUAAAGCAACUGGCCAGAAUCGAGAAGGAAACAGGUUGGAAGACAUCCGACAGAUCUGCAGAGUUGCGAAGGCUCUGGGGGUUCGCAUGA